GUGGGCUGGGGAGGUUAUAAAGGGGCCGAGCCCGGGAAGCCGAGUGCCCUUUGGAUUCUGCCUCUUGCUUUCGAUCCGGUGCUGCCUGCGGACUAGGCAGGGAGAGAGGGGAGGGCUACUGCCAUUCCGCGGCGCCGGGACUAGCCGGACCUUUGGUUCUACGGGCGAGGAGGACGACGGUACUCACGCCGGAGCAGCUAGUUCUGGAGACGGCAUGUUUGGUUGGAAGCUCCCUGGAGCCGUGCUGGGCGGGCUGCUGGGUUCCUGGCUCCUUCUGGCGGGAUCUAGUUCAGGUUCCAAAUGGAAAGGUCCAAAACUAAAUAUAACAGGAGCACAGCACGUCAUUCAAGGAGGAGAUACUUUAAGCAUUAUGUGCAGUGGGGAAGUGGUCCAUUCAUGGUCUCUGCCUGAAAAUCUAAGCGUGGACAGCAAACGGCUGAAUAUAAUUACAUAUACUUGUGGAAGGAACAGCAAACUCUUUUGUAGCAGCCUGACCUUGAACAAAGCUCAAGCAAGUGACACAGGAUACUAUAGCUGCAAAUAUCCAUCCUCAAGUGCUGUGAGAAAAAAGACAGUAUCUACAAUAUAUGUAUUUAUUAAUGACACACGCAGCCCAUUUGUAAAGCUCAACAGAGACAUACCAGACAUGAUACGUGUGACUGAUGGAGAAGAGCUUAUCAUCCCAUGCAGAGUUACAAUACCUGAUAUUCCUGUUACUUUAAAAAUGAUGCCAGGAGGAAAAAUAAUUCCUGAUGGGAAGACAAUAAUUUGGGAUAGUACAAAGGGCUUUAUAAUACCAAAUGCAACAUAUAAAUUCAUAGGUCUUCUCAGCUGUGAAACAAGGAUUGAUGGGCAUGAGUACAGCACUAAGUACCUGACAUAUAGGCUGAACAAUGAAAUCCUUAGUGUCCAGUUAAAUGCCUCAAGGCCGGUCAAGUUAUUAAAAGGAGACAACCUUGUCCUUAACUGUACUAUCACUGCAACCUGGAACACAAGAGUGCAGAUCACAUGGAAUUAUCCUGGUGAGGCAAGCAAAAGAGGCAUCGUAACUAGAAGCAUUAUACAAAGGAAUGAUGAACCCAAUCUAUUCUACAGUAUUCUUGUUGUUGAUAAAGUCCAUGAUAUUGAUAAAGGAGAGUACACUUGCAAUGUGAAGAGCGGCCCAUCUGUGAGAUCAGUUAAUGCAACUGUUCAUAUUUACGAUAAAGCAUUCAUCUCUUUGAAAUAUAGAAGAAAAAAUGUACUUGACGUUUUAUCUGGCAAGAAAUCCUACCGACUUUCUAUGAAAGUAAAAGCAUUUCCCACACCAGAGGUUGUAUGGCUGAAGGAUGGGUUACCUGCGGCUGAAAUGUGUGCCCGGUAUGUAAUUAAAGGCUAUUCACUAAUCAUAAAGCAUGUUGCUGAAGAAGAUGCAGGAAAGUACACUAUACUGUUGAGCACCCGGCAAUGGAACUUGCAUAAAAACUUAACAGUCACGCUAAGAAUAAAUGUGAAACCUCAGAUUUAUGAAAAAGUGUCAUCGAUUCCUGGUCCUAAUCUCCAUCAUCUGGGAAGUAAGCAAAUCCUAACCUGCAUAGUUUAUGGUAAUCCUCAACCUACAAUAAGGUGGACAUGGCAUCCUUGUCAACAGAAUAAUUCCACAACCAGGAAUGAAUAUUGCUCCAGUCCAGAGACAUCUUACAUCUUGAAAUCUGGAAGUACUACAGGAAACAGAAUUCAAAGUAUUGCACAAAGAACAGCUGUAAUUGAGGGGAAGAAUAAGACUGCUAGCAUCUUGGUUGUGGCUGAAUCCAGGUCAUCCGGAAUCUACAGUUGCAAGGCUUCCAAUAAAGUGGGAAGUGAUGAAAAAAACAUUAGUUAUUUUGUAACAGAUGUGCCAAAUGGAUUCCAUAUUAACUUAAAGAAAACACCCAUCGAAGGAGAAACCCUGGUGUUGUCCUGUUUAGCCAACAAAUUUCUGUACAAAGACAUUGCCUGGUUAUUGCCAAGGACAGUUAACAACCAAACAAGAAUAAAAAAGGCAGCCACUAAGGAGUAUUCCAUUGGCCUCACUCUCAGCAUCAAGAAUGUUUUGCUUGAACAUUCAGGCACCUACACCUGCCGAGCAAGGGACAUAUACAGUGGAGAAGAAGUGCUUCAAGAGAAAGACGUUACAGUCAGAGCUCAGGAAGCACCAUACCUCCUGCGGAACCUCACUGAUCAGGUUGUCAACAGCAGUCACUCUGUUAGUCUGGAGUGUCUUGUUCAUGGUGUGCCAGAGCCUCAGAUAUCCUGGUUUAAAAACAACGCACAAAUACAGCAAGAGCCAGGUAUAAUGUUAGGGCCAGGAAGCCAGAGUCUAUUGAUUGAAAGAGUGCAGGAGGAAGAUGCUGGGCACUACCAGUGUGUUGCUUCUAACCUAAAAGGGACAGUGGAGAGUUCAGCUUAUAUCAGCAUACAAGGAAUUUCAGAAAGCUCAAACCUGGAGGUGAUAACAUUGACAUGCACCUGCGUGGCAGCAACACUCUUCUGGCUUCUAUUAACACUCUUCAUCCGUAAGCUGAAAAAGCCUUAUUCUUCUGAAAUAAAGACAGAUUAUUUAUCAAUCAUAAUGGAUCCUGAAGAAGUCCCCUUAGAUGAACAAUGUGAACGACUUCCUUAUGAGGCCAGCAAAUGGGAGUUUGCCCGGGAAAGGCUUAAACUGGGAAAGACGCUUGGGCGAGGUGCUUUUGGGAAAGUAGUACAAGCAGCUGCUUUUGGAAUUAAAAAGUCACCUACGUACAAAGUAGUUGCAGUAAAAAUGCUGAAAGAAGGAGCCACUGCCAGCGAGUAUAAAGCUCUGAUGACUGAGCUGAAGAUCUUGAUACACAUUGGUCAUCAUCUUAAUGUUGUGAAUCUGCUGGGCGCUUGCACAAAGAGUGGAGGACCACUAAUGGUGAUAGUUGAAUAUUGCAAAUAUGGAAAUUUAUCAAGCUACUUGAAGAGCAAAAGGAUUUUUUUUCCUUCCAACAAGGAUGCAUCCAUUCAAGGAGAGCUGAUGACGGAGGAGAAGGAUGUUGAGCCGAUCAGUGGUAGAAAAAAAAGACUGGAGAGCGUCCCAAGUCGAGAGAGCUUAGCAAGCUCUGGAUUUCAGGAAGAUAAAAGUUUAAGUGAUGUGGAAGAGGAAGAGGAGGAUUCUGAUUAUUUUUACAAGUGGCCCCUCACUAUGGAAGACCUGAUUUCUUACAGCUUUCAGGUGGCCAGAGGCAUGGAGUUCUUAUCAUCUCAAAAGUGCAUCCAUCGUGACUUAGCAGCCAGAAAUGUCCUUUUGUCUGAAAACAAUGUUGUGAAGAUCUGUGAUUUUGGCCUUGCACGAGAUAUUUAUAAGAAUCCUGAUUAUGUGAGAAAAGGCGAUGCACGCCUCCCUCUUAAAUGGAUGGCACCAGAAUCUAUAUUUGAUAAAAUCUAUAGCACAAAGAGUGAUGUUUGGUCAUAUGGAGUACUGUUGUGGGAAAUAUUUUCUUUAGGUGCAUCUCCUUAUCCAGGUGUUCAGAUAGAUGAAGACUUUUUGAGCAAGUUAAAAGAAGGCAUAAGAAUGAAAGCCCCAGAUUUUGCAACCACAGAAAUAUAUCAGAUCAUGCUGGAUUGUUGGCAAAGAGAUCCAAAUGAAAGGCCACAAUUCUCAGAGUUGGUGGAAAGAUUAGGGGACUUACUUCAAGCAAACGUACAACAGGAUGGCAAAGACUAUAUCCCUCUGAAUACUAAAUUAUCAAUGGAUCCUGAAUUUGAUCAUUCAUCUCCAACUUUCCCUAAUCCUCACGAGAGGGGGAAUGAUUUAGCACCAGCCUUGAAUUAUGCAAGCAUCGAAAACACCGGGAGCUACGUUAAUGCCUUCAGAAUGAAGCUGCCCCAGAAAGUCAAGACCUUUGAGGAACUUUCACCCAAAGACGAACUAGGACACAAUGAUUACCAAGCAGACAGUGGGACGGUGCUACCUUUGGAAGAGCUGAAGCGUUGUACGUGGACAGGCAGCAAACAAAAGCAAACCUUAUUUGGCCUCCGAUCUGGCAGCCGAAGCAAGGAGUCUAUCCUGUCAGAGACAACGAAGCCAAAGGUUUACAGUUUCAGCUGCAGUCAUAUCAGUGAAGUGACUCUGCCAUUUAGUUGUGGCAUCACCUGGGAAGGGAAGCCUACACAGGGUUUCCCUCCUCCCAGCUAUAAUUCUGUGGUUCGAUAUUCCACUCCACCAGUUUAGCAAGCAAGGACUUUGAACGACUGAGAGCAGCUGCUCCUCGACUGAGUUGCAUCUCUCCACUAUCAUCAUUGAAAACAUUGAAUAGUCCUUGCUGCUGCCCAUAGAUCCAACACCAUCUCUGUAGAGAACAGAGAAUUAUUUCUGUGAACCACCAAGAACAACCCCACACACCGCAUCAACUGUAGCACUAUGCAACAGUAGGAAUGCAAUAACUAUACAAAUGUAAUAAAGGAGAGGGGGCUUACUGUAGGGGGGAUCCUCUGUGCUGUUUCUUCCCCACUGCCUAAUUACAAAUUCUUGCACGGGUCUCAUGCAACACAAUGGAAGGGUAGUGAAAUUAACUAGACCAGAAGCUAUUUCUAGCCUACUUAAUUAUAUCCCUAAGCGAGCGAGCCCACCCUUUUAGUCUACAUGCACAAUUUUUCUGCUUUAUACCCAUUUUGCAGUUGGCUUCUGGGGAAUAGUUUCUGCUUUUUAAAGGUAGUGUUUAAAUAUAGCAAAAAUAGUUCAAGCAGAUAACAUAAUGAAGACACAAAAAUGGUUUUAUACCACUUCAACUAGUAUGGCUCUCCCUCAAAAAAUACUAAGUUCGGUAAAGGUUCAGAAGAGGGCAACCAGAAUGAUCAAGGGGAUGGAGCGACUCCCUUACGAGGAAAGGUUGCAGCAUUUGGGGCUUUUUAGUUUAGAGAAAAGGCGGGUCAGAGGAGACAUGAUAGAAGUGUAUAAAAUUAUGCAUGGCAUUGAGAAAGUGGAUAGAGAAAAGUUCUUCUCCCUCUCUCAUAAUACUACAACUCGUGGACAUUCAAAGAAGCUGAAUGUUGGAAGAUUCAGGACAGACAAAAGGAAGUACUUCUUUACUCAGCGCAUAGUUAAACUAUGGAAUUUGCUCCCACAAGAUGCAGUAAUGGCCACCAGCUUGGACGGCUUUAAAAGAUUAGACAAAUUCAUGGAGGACAGGGCUAUCAAUGGCUACUAGCCGUGAUGGCUGUGCUGUGCCACCCUAGUCAGAGGCAGCAUGCUUCUGAAAACCAGUUGCCGGAAGCCUCAGGAGGGGAGAGUGUUCUUGCACUCGGGUCCUGCUUGCGGGCUUCCCCCAGGCACCUGGUUGGCCCCUGUGAGAACAGGAUGCUGGACUAGAUGGGCCACUGGCCUGAUCCAGCACUUAUGUUCUUAUGUUCUUAUUGAAACCUCUCCCUAUUCUUCCCUCCAGAACUUCUAAGAAGAGGGAAUGGCUAUCAAAACAGACUUAUGUCUAAACAUACAAUUGUGAAUGGUCUGGUAGAGAACAGGAUUAGGGUUGCAAAGGAAUUCAAGGAGCAAUACAUUAGUAACACUUUAAAUUUAACUAAAGCAAUCAAAUACACAGAGUAGGAUUAGGACAUGUUAUUCCUUCAGCAGCUGUUUCUAUGUGCAGCCCUCACAAAGCAGAACUCUGGGGCACAAGAAUUGCUGCACUGAUGGAGACCAAGGAGGACCUCUCACAGCAUACUAGUAGUAUAAAGCAAUCCCACAACACUGGAAACUGCCACCAUUUACAAAAUGCAGCCCAAUGUUGUUGUAGCCAAUGGAAAUGGAAAGGUGGGGGCAAGGUUAGAAAAGAUAUGUACAAUAUCCAAGGGGCAUUUUGGUCACCACUGCUAUCCCUGCAGUCCUGUAAGCACACUGCCAUUUUGCCAUCACAUUACUCAAAAGUGCAGAAUUUGGUAUUGAGGAUGGAAUGCAACAGUGUGAGAAUUUCAGCUGCCACUUAACGUUACUUGUCCUCACAGUUGCAAACAGGCUUGAAACUUUGCAGUUGACACACAAACUAAAAUUUCAAAACCAUACAGUGCAGGGAGGGGAGGGGGAACAUGGCAGCUAGGACCCGUUCACUGCAGAGCUCUUUACCUUGUAGUUAAUGGAAGCAGCAUGUAAAUAUGCACAAAGUUGUUGAUUAAACACAUGCUACAGAAUCCACAUUUUCUCGAUACAAUAUUUGGGAUUCCUGCCAUAGUAUCUUAGUAUUUUCUACGAGAAAAUACAGAGUUCUGUAUGCAUCUGUUAUAUUAUACUGUGCUUUUAUACUCUAGUUGCAAGUGACCAUAUAGGCAGAAGGUGUUAGCCCAAGCUACUGUAGUUAAUUGACAGUCAGUGUCCAGCUACAGCUGUGCAUUCUGAAAUACCUAUUGAAUUUUGUGUUGCUGCUGCCGCUGCUAUCACAACUACAGCAUUUAUUUAGUGCUAAGAGUGUGCUGCUAGGUUCAUUUUGCUAAGGGGUAGGUAGUUAUAGUGGUGAACCAUUGCUUUGGUUGACCAGUAUGGCUACCCUACAAAAAGCAGCUAAUAGCAGUCAUGCAGUUCCAGUGAAAGCAAUGAAAUUUAAGUUAGUUCUGUCAAAACUUGAGCCAUUGGUUUCAAUGGCAGUUUGUCACAAUCAACCUCCACUGGGUUGAGGUCAAUAGAUUUAAGAGUGUUUGGGUGGAGGAGGAUUUUAGAACAUUCGGCUUCUAAAAACUGCAAGUCUGUAAUCUUUGUGCUCUCUCUUCAGAUAGAACAUCAGACAACUCUUCAGACAUUAUUCUCUUAGUAAAGCCAGUGGAAGAGAGCCAGUGCGGCAUAGUGGUUAAGGUGUUGGACUAUGGGUUCGAAUCCCCACAUAGCCAUGAAGCUCACUGGGUGACCUUGGCCCAGUCACUGCCUCUCAGCCUCAUGAAAACCCUAUUCAUAGGGUCGCCAUAAGUCGGAAUCAACUUGAAGGCAGUACAUUUACAUUACAAAGCCAGUGGAGGUUGGAAGAGAUGAGGAGUGGGAGGGCUGGGUUCAUUAUCAAGUAGGGCAUCAAUAUUAUUAUUAAAAUCUAAUGCUUUUAAUGAAACCUUUUUUAAAAAAAACAAAUUUAAAAAGCAUUCUUUAAAAUGAGCUUUACUAUGGAAA